AAUCACUGUCCCAGUGUCCCUUCACAAGAUCAUCAAGUUUAUUUUACAAAACAGCUGCAUUUCUACUGAGAUCAAAUAGACUAUGUUCUUUAGAGAACGGCUGGUGGUCCUGGAUUUAUUUCAUGGGCACCAGAGGAGAAUACACAUGCACAUCAUACUUUGGAAAAAGAAUAAUAAUAAAACCAUGUUUCAUUAAUUUUCCUCUUCACAGUUAUAAUAAACUGGGAGUUGGUCAAUCACCAGCUCCAAUUAAAUACAUUUAUGGUUUUGUUUGUCAUGGGAUUAAAUGUGAGAAAGUUCCAGUUGUAUAAAAACUUUGUAAGGAACUGAAGAGCGAAUUGACAUCAGCUCUCUGCAGCUUAUCUCCAGUGACUUCACAGUACCUAUAUAACAGAGUCUGUGCGUCAGUUUCACUAACAAUGCUGCUGUCCAACAUGACAGACUCUGCAGAAGCAGCAGGAGUUAUUCUCUCUGUGGACUUCAGCAGCCCGGAGGACUACUUCAUCUUCAUCUUCCACAUUUUAUUCGCCACCAGCACAGUCCUGGUAGCAGGGACGGUGGUGAUCGGGAUCUCAGCCACCAGAGCGCUCCGCCUUCAGAACCGCUUCAUUUUCAUGCUGAACACCAGCAUCUGUGACACUCUGGUGGGUUUCUCUGUGUAUUAUCUGGGCCUGUUUGAUGUUCAGGACCGGUAUCCUUACAGAAACGGGACAUACAGCGUAUUACGGGAUCUGUUAGGAAUCAACAUACUGGUCUUUCUGUUUGCUCAGUUUGACAGGUAUUUUGCUGUAUGUUAUCCAUUUGUCUACAGCCGUUUUAUAACAAGGCAGGUUGUCAUAGGAAUAAACGUUUACUGCUGGGUGUACAAUGCUAUCAACCUGCUGGUUAGGAAUUUGCUGCCUGUCUCCAAAGCUACACAGCUGUAUGUGUUCGGCAUCAUCUUCUUCCAGCUCAUAGUGUUCACCAAAGUGAUCAUGACCAUCAAACUUUAUGUUGUAGCAAAGUAUCAGCUGCAGAGGGAGCCCCCAGGUCCAGAGAGAGAGAGCAAGAAGGAGUCGCUGAGGAUCAUUAUUUUUGUUGUAAUAAGCUUCCUGGUGCUGUGGUGCCCGUCUUUUGUGAAUAUUGCCAUAAAAUAUUUUACAGGAGCAGGGUUGACUUUCCGAAAUGAGGGAACAAAUCUUUUUGCAAUUAUGGCCCGUUUCAAUGCCCUGUGCACGCCGUCUGUGUACAUCUGGGGGAGCCCGGCUCUGCGGGAGGCUACGGUGAGGACGGUGUGGGGGCGGGUGUGCCCUCGUUGCAGGACGAAGUAAAAGAAAUACAAAUGUUAAAUCACAACAAAAUAUGAUCUGAAGGUUCUUAACAAACAUGUCAAAUUAAUAUGUAAGAAAAUAGAAUCUUUAUCAAUCCAUGUUCAACAAGAAUAACUUCAAUUUAUUUUCUUCUGACUAAUGUAUUACUCUCCCAGAAAUUAUUACGCAAACAAGUUAACAUCACAUCCUAAACUUAUAUAACCGAGGAUGCUUGUUUCUGUUUUAUCUUUUUAAGUUCAUGUGGGAUCUUUUUUUUCAGUAACUCAAUCCACAGUGAAACACAUUAUAUAAAUAAGUUACACAUAUAAUGUUUUCUAGCCUUUCUGUUACUUACCAUGAGUUUCUGCUUGCAGUUUAUGAAAACAUGACAUCUAAGAUCAGAAUAUGAAA